AUGUCGCUCCACGGUAAGCGAAAAGAGAUCUACAAAUACGAAGCGCCAUGGACGGUGUAUGCAAUGAACUGGAGCGUUCGUCCGGACAAGCGCUUUCGCCUGGCCCUUGGAAGUUUCGUUGAAGAAUAUAACAAUAAGGUGAGUGAGAAGAUGAACUGUACAUUUUUGUUAACGAGUCCUAUUGCAGGACCAUAACGAAUUAGUUGGGACCACCGUGAAUCCCACAAUGCUGUGAUGUGGGCCACCCAGAACAGAUCUUGGGUAUGAACAGAACCCAGAACAGAUCUUCGCUUCUAUGUUGUAAGAUCUCACCCACAGAGAAUGAACAUUACCAAAAAGUGACUAUAAACAGUAUGAAGUGUGUUUAAGCUCUGAGUAAUUUGUUACUUAUUAAAUAGUAUAUCGAGCGGUUUCUGAUUUAAUGAUUGUUUGUCUUCAGGUGCAGAUUGUGGGUCUGGAGGAGGAGAGUUCAGAGUUCAUCUGCAGGAACACCUUUGACCACCCCUACCCCACCACCAAGAUCAUGUGGAUCCCGGACAGCAAGGGUGUUUACCCAGAUCUGCUUGCCACUAGCGGGGACUACCUGCGCAUCUGGAGGGUAUGCAUGCACCCACAGCCUCCUUGAUACUAAAUCAUACGUAAACAUCAAAUCAAAUCAAAUUUUAUUGGCCACAUGCGCCGAAUACAACAGGUGCAGACAUUACAGUGAAAUGCUUACUUACAGACCUUUUUAAUAAAAAAGUAAAAUAAAACAACAACAAAAAAGUGUUGAGAAAAAAAGAGCAGAAGUAAAAUAAAAUAACAGUAGGGAGGCUAUAUAUACAGGGGGGUACCGGUGCAGAGUCAAUGUGCGGGGGCACCGGCUAGUUGAGGUAGUUGAAGUAAUAUGUACAUGUGGGUAGAGUUAAAGUGACUAUGCAUAAAUAAUUAACAGAGUAGCAGCAGCGUAAAAAGAUGGGGUGGGGGGGGCAGUGCAAAUAGUUCGGGUAGCCAUGAUUAGCUGUUCAGGAGUCUUAUGGCUUGAGGGUAGAAGCUGUUGAGAAGUCUUUUGGACCUAGACUUGGCACUCCGGUACCACUUGCCGUGUGGUAGCAGAGAGAACAGUCUAUGACUAGGGUGGCUGGAGUCUUUGACAAUUUUGAGGGCCUUCCUCUGACACCGCCUGGUAUAGAGGUCCUGGAUGGCAGGAAGCUUGGCCCCAGUGAUGUACUGGGCCGUACACACUACCCUCUGUAGUGCCUUGCGGUCGGAGGCCAAGCAGUUGCCAUACCAGGCGGUGAUGCAACCAGUCAGGAUGCUCUCGAUGGUGCAGCUGUAUAAUUUUUUGAGGAUCUGAGGACCCAUGCCAAAUCUUUUCAGUCUCCUGAGGGGGAAUAGGCUUUGUCGUGCCCUCUUCACGACUGUCUUGGUGUGUUUGGACCAUGAUAGUUUGUUGAUGUGGACACCAAGGAACUUGAAGCUCUCAACCUGUUCCACUACAGCCCCGUCGAUGAGAAUGGGGGCGUGCUCAGGCCUCUUUUUUUCCCUGUAGUCCACAAUCAUCUCCUUUGUCUUGGUCACGUUGAGGGAGAGGUUGUUGUGUCCUCCCUAUAGGCUGUCUCAUCGUUGUCGGUGAUCAGGCCUACCACUGUUGUGUCGUCGGCAAACUUAAUGAUGGUGUUGGAGUCGUGCCUGGCCAUGCAGUCAUGGGUGAACAGGGAGUACAGGAGGGGACUGAGCACGCACCCCUGAGGGGCCCCCGUGUUGAGGAUCAGUGUGGCAGAUGUGUUGUUACCUACCCUUACCACCUGGGGGUGGCCCGUCAGGAAGUCCAGGAUCCAGUUGCAGAGGGAGGUGUUUAGUCCCAGGAUCCUUAGCUUAGUGAUGAGCUUUGAGGGCAUUAUGGUGUUGAAUGCUGAGCUGUAGUCAAUGAAUAGCAUUCUCACGUAGGUGUUCCUCUUGUCCAGGUGGGAAAGGGCAGUGUGGAGUGCAAUAGAGAUUGCAUCAUCUGUGGAUCUGUUGGGGCGGUAUGCAAAUUGGAGUGGGUCUAGGGUUUCUGGGAUAAUGGUGUUGAUGUGAGCCAUGAGCAGCCUUUCAAAGCACUUCAUGGCUACAGACGUCAGUGCUACGGGUCAGUAGUCAUUUAGGCAGGUUAUCUUAGUGUCCUUGGGCACGGGGACUAUGGUGGUCUGCUUGAAACAUGUUGGUAUUACAGACUCAGUCAGGGACAUGUUGAAAAUGUCAGUGAAGACACUUGCCAGUUGGUCAGCACAUGCUCGGAGUACACGUCCUGGUAAUCCGUCUGGCCCUGCGGCCUUGUGAAUGUUGACCUGCUUAAAAGUCUUACUCACAUCGGCUACGGAGAGCGUGAUCACAUAGUCAUCCGGAACAGCUGGUGCUCUCAUGCAUGCUUCAGUGUUGCUUGCCUCGACGCGAGCAUAGAAGUGGUUUAGCUCGUCUGGUAGGCUUGUGUCACUGGGAAGCUCGCGGCUGUGCUUCCCUUUGUAGUCUGUAAUAGUUUAAGCCCUGCCACAUCCGACGAGCGUCAGAGCCGCUGUAGUACGAUUCAAUCUUAGUUCUGUAUUGACUCUUUGCCUGUUUGAUGGUUCGUCGGAGGGCAUAGCGGGAUUUCUUAUAAGCGCCCGGGUUAGAGUCCCGCUCCUUGAAAGCGGAAGCUCUACCCUUUAGCUCAGUGUGGAUGUUUCCUGUAAUCCAUGGCUUCUGGUUGGGGUAUGUACGUACGGUCACUGUGGGGACGACAUCAUCGAUGCACUUAUUGAUGAAGCCAGUGACUGAUGUGGUGUACUCCUCAAUGCUAUCUGAAGAAUCCCGGAACAUGUUCCAGUCUGUGCUAGCAAAACAGUCCUGUAGCUUAGCAUUUGCGUCAUCUGACCACUUUUUUAUUAACCGAGUCACUGGUGCUUCCUGCUUUAGUUUUUUAUUAUAAGCAGGAAUCAGGAGGAUAGAGUUAUGGUCAGAUUUGCCAAAUGGAGGGCAAGGGAGAGCUUUGUAUGUGUCUCUGUGUGUGGAGUAAAGGUGGUCAAGAGUUUUUUUUUUUCCCUCUGGUUGCACAUUUAACAUGCUGGUAGAAAUUAGGUAGAACGGAUUUAAGUUUCCCUGCAUUAAAGUCCCCGGCCACUAGGAGCGCUGCCUCUGGAUGAGCGUUUUCCUGUUGACUUAUGGCCUUAUACAGCUCAUUCAGUGCAAUCUUAAUGCCAGCAUUGGUUUGUGGUGGUAAAUGGACAGCUAUGAAAAAUAUAGACACAAACUCUCUUGGUAAAUAGUGUGGUCUACAGCUUAUCAUAAGUUACUCUACCUCAGGCGAGCAAAACCUCGAGACUUCCUUAGUAUUUGAUUUUGUGCACCAGCUGUUGUUUACAAAUAUACACAGACCGCCACCCCUUGUCUUACCGGAGUCAGCCGUUCUAUCCUGCCGAUGUAGCGUAUUGCCCGCUAGCUGUAUGUUAUCCAUGUCGUCGUUCAGCCACGACUCGGUGAAACAUAAGAUAUUACAGUUUUUAAUGUCCCGUUGGUAGGAUAACCGUAAUCUUAGGUCAUCCAAUUUAUUUUCCAAUGAUUGAAGAUUGGCUAAUAGGAUUGAUGGGAGCGGCAGUUUACUCGCUCGUCGUCGGAUCCUUACAAGGCACCCCGACCUAAGUCCACGAUAUCUCCGUCUCUUCCUCAUGCGAAUGACGGGGAUUUGGGCCUUGUCUGGUGUCUGUAGGAUAUCCUUUGCGGCCGCCUCGUUGAAGAAAAAUUAUUCGUCCAAUACGAGGUGAUAAUAAAUGUCAUAUGUUGGGCGCUGCCUGGCCUGCGCCCUAUUCUAACUAUUGUAUCCCUCCUCCCUCUUGCUGCAUCUGGAGUUGCACUCUAGCUCAGUUACUUGCCCAGGGGGGACUCUUCUUUUCUAAGUAGUUGUAUAGCAUCUCAUGCAUGGCUUGUUAAAUCUUACCCCUUAGGUCAGUGACACAGAGACGCGUCUGGAAUGUUUGCUGAAUAACAACAAGAACUCUGACUUCUGUGCCCCACUCACCUCGUUUGACUGGAAUGAAGUGGAUCCUAAUCUACUGGGUAAGAGAUGGGGCAUAUGCAUAUAGUAGAGCUGGGACAAUAAACUGAAAAUAAUCCACACCGACCACUUAUCGUGGACAUUUUGCUUUUCUUUUCAUUACAGUAAAUAACCUAUAGGGUCCUAGUAGAGAAAUGUGAAGUUUCAAAUUAAAUAAGUUUGCUAAUAUGGGUGAUUGUUAAUUCGACAAUUGAUAGCUACAACAUUCAAAGUAGUAGUUUUAAGGGUAAGAUAAACAAAAUAACUGUGGUGCACAUUAAUGUUAUAAACUUGUCGUUCACGUUAUCGUGAUCAUUUAGUCAAUUUAUUGUGACAUUGAUUUUUGUGUUUAUCGCCCAGCUCUAGCAUAUAGCCUAUUGGUUUGUCAGAGUAAAACAAUUAAAUGCAAUCUCAAAUAGCUGCCUGUCCCUUUUAAUAGUCUGCUAAAUGACUUAAAUGUUAAGCCGGUCAUUGGCAAAUAUUUCAGCAAAUAAACGCCUGUUUCAAAUAAAUGCUGAGUCUAAAUAAAUUGUUUACAAGGUUACCAUGGACACAGCUCUGAUAUUCCCACAGUCUUCCAUUAAAAACGUUUUAUUUAUUUAUUCUGUCAUCGUUGCUAGCCAUGGCAUCAAAUUCAUGGGGCUAAAGCGUGAAAUGGGGGUUAUAUGAUAGGCAGCCUUUGCAAGUCUGAUCUGCAAUGGAUUUGUUAUUAUAAUGUUUAUACUGGUAGUAUUUUCAACAUUUUAUUGAGCUGUCUGCAUAAAGGAAAUAGAUGCCUGGGUAUAAAAUAAGCUUGUCUCUAAUAAGCGCCGGCUGUUUCUGAUCUGUCCACUACAGGCACCUCCAGCAUUGACACCACCUGUACUAUCUGGGGGUUGGAGACUGGCCAGGUGCUGGGCAGAGUCAACCUCGUAUCAGGCCAUGUCAAGACCCAGCUCAUUGCUCAUGACAAAGAGGUGUGUGAGGGCUGAGGGGGAAUAUAAGCCUUGCCUUGAAGUUUAGUUUGCUUGUAUGAAUGUGCAUGUUUGAGACUGUAUGAAUGAGUAAGUAAAGGCUAGUUGUUGUGAGCAGGGGUUAGAACCGGUUCAAGGAGCAGAACCGAAAACCGAAAAAAAUGGGGGGGAAUGUAGGAACGUAAACAGACCUGGGAAAGAAAGUGAUCUCUAGUGUUCCGUAAUAGAAUCCUUAUUUCCAAAUCUUGAGAACCGGUUAAUAAUGUUAUUUUUUGUUCCAAAAAUAUUCCUAAUGUCUAAUAUUUAAUUAUGUAAUUCAGUGAAGUUAUGAUUCUUGCAGGAUUCUAGUAAUAGCCUAAUCACAUCCCAAUUCACAUCAUGAUGUUUAGCGCUUCAAGCCAAGCCCGCUCUUUCGCUCUCUCCCCACCCAUGAAAUUGUCUUAUCUCGUGGCUGCACUUAAAUGACCAAUUAAACAUGUAAACAACUAGCUUGCGCAUACACAGCAAGCUGCUCCAUCUGCACUAAUAGGUGAAACAAAUUAAUGAGCUUAAUGUAAAAACGUUAUUUUACGGCUUAGACAUUUUACGAAAAGGAGAUAUAUGAACCAUACCUUUUUUGGGGGUUCGAACCAGUUCAGAACUUUAUUAUGCUAGUCGGACCACUGGAAUGGAACAAAAUAAAUAGGGGUUCUGUUCGGAAUGGAACGAUUGGAAAAUCAUUUCCGUUCCAACCCCUGGUCCUGAGGUCAUUGAAGUCUGAAUGUGUGUCCGUGGGUGUACCAGUUUAAUAACUCUGUAUGUUGGUGUUGUUCUCUGUAUCUAGGUGUAUGACAUCGCGUUCAGCCGCGCAGGCGGUGGUCGGGACAUGUUUGCGUCGGUCGGAGCAGACGGCUCAGUACGCAUGUUUGACCUGCGGCACCUGGAGCACAGCACCAUUAUCUAUGAAGACCCCCAGCACCACCCCCUACUGCGCCUCUGCUGGAACAAACAGGACCCCAACUACCUGGCCACCAUGGCUAUGGACGGCAUGGAGGUCAGUCUAUUUUACUCUCCUUUCUCAUUCCUCUUUCAGUUUGGUAUUGUCCAUUCCCUCUCCUUAUCUCUAUUUAAUGUGUUGUCUCUCUCCUGUGCUGUGUGUCUCAGGUUGUGAUUCUGGACGUGCGUGUUCCCUGCACGCCGGUGGCCCGCCUCAACAACCACCGGGCCUGUGUCAACGGCAUCGCCUGGGCUCCCCACUCCUCCUGUCACAUCUGCACUGCAGGUAAGGCACAAACAGCUCCUUUACCAGCUCACCUUUCCUCAGUCCUCAUUCUCCCUUACGUCAGUGUAAUAAUAAUGUAUUGUCUUUCCUCCGUCCUCAGCCGACGACCACCAGGCGCUGAUAUGGGACAUCCAGCAAAUGCCCAGGGCCAUCGAGGACCCUAUUCUGGCCUACACGGCCGAAGGAGAGAUCAACAACGUCCAGUGGGCCUCCACCCAGCCUGACUGGAUCGCCAUCGGCUACAACAACUGCCUGGAGAUCCUGCGG